CCGGCCCUGUGGCGCGUGGCUCUUAAAAAGGCAUCCGCUGGCGUUCGCGUGCCUCUCCGUCCAAUCUCAGCGCAAGGGCCUGUGAGGCGGAGCAGUACGGCCAUUCGCAGAGAAGAUGUGCCGGACUCGUCAAGGUGGUCCAGUGGCCUGACGGGUGGGUGGUCCGGGGGUCUUUUCCACACCCGAGAGAAGAGCAUGUCAGCGGGAUCCCGAUGCCCUGGCACCGGCUUCCAAAGUCCCGUGUCAUAGCGUGUGAUUAUAGCGACGCGAUACACCGACACACCGAUGCACCGAAACUCAUGCAUUGGAACACUGACACACUGAAAGUGACGCAUUGAAACACUGACGUGUCCACUGCCCCCGUCCUCCACCCCCCGAAACGCGCUCUCCCACGGACCACGGGGACAUGGGCGACGCUCCCAUGCUGGAGUUCCCUCUGCAGCACCACGCGCCGUCCUUCCCCUGGACCCCAACCAGGGCUCCCCUAGUGGGCGGAGCGGAGCAGAACGCAGCCUUCGUCUUCGUGGGCCUGCUGCUCGUCCUGCUCGUCUUCCUGCUGGUGCGUUGCUUCCGCGUCCUUCUGGACCCCUACAGCAGCAUGCCCGCCUCGUCCUGGACCGACCACAAGGAGGCGCUGGAGAGGGGCCAGUUUGACUACACGCUGGUGUAGGGCGCCAGCCACCAGUGCACCGGUCUGGAGACGCCGGAGGCAGCCGAGAUUGUGAAGAUACGCACAGGUGCACCAGUUUCCUAACGUAUGGUCCAUAUUUUCGGAAGCAAAUUAAUAUUUUCAUUGUAUUUGUGUUAAAAACGUGGGAGAAAACAUAGUUCGGCAGUGCUUUCGACUACCUGCGCUGCUACCUCACAGCACCUGAGUGGUGCGAGAGGACAUGGGUUCAAUCCUCGCC